AUUAUUUUGUCUAUAGUAUGAAAAUCUUGCCCCAGCGAUCUCUAUAAAUACUGAGAACCUCUAGAAAGUACUCCAAACUAUCAUCAGCCAUCACUUUCCCCCACCUUAUCAAUCUGCCCUCCUGACCCUAGAGGUGACCAUCAUGGCUCUUGAGGGGAAACCAGGUUUCAUUACCAUGUACGCCAUCACAUGCUGCAAAUGCGAGAAAUGGCGUACGAUUCCAACAAAAGAAGAGUUCGAGGUAAUCCGUGAGAACUACCCCGCGAAGCCAUGGUUCUGCAGCAAAAAGCGCGACUGCUCAUGUGAGCACCCUGAAGAUAUCCAGUAUGACACCAGCCGUAUUUGGGCCAUUGAUAGGCCCAACAUCCCUAAGCCUCCGCCGAAGACAGAGAGGCUACUGAUCAUGAGGAAUGAUCUAUCUAAAAUGGAUGCCUAUUAUGUCUUGCCAAAUGGGAAGCGUGCAAAGGGCAAACCUGAUAUAGAUAGGUUUCUGAAGGAAAACCCAGAGUAUGCUGCUACUUUACCACUUUCGAGCUUCAACUUCUCAACACCUAAGAUAGUUAAGGAGACUGUUUCCGAUAGUGCAAAGUGGGUGAUGGCGAAGUCUGAGAGGGAAGAGCAGUGUAUGCAACUAGACGCAAAAGAAGUUCCAAGUUCCAGCAGCAAGUAGUUACCAUUGUGACCUCUGAAUCUACAUACGCGUUACUUUAGGUGAUGCCAAAAACUUAAGACAAUAUGGAGCAGCCACCUUAAAAACCUAUACUUCUCCUUCCUUGUUUACCUCCAGAAGUUAUGUUAUGUUUUGCACUACAUGUGCUUUUGUGUGUUGAACCUUUUCAUUCUACCUCAUGUCGAAUCCUGCAAAGUUCUGGAGCUAUUUUCAUGUGGUGAUUUUGGAUAUUUUCUACA